AUGAGCAGGGCCUGGCCGCCGGCCGCUCUGAUCUGGGCGGCUCCUCAGGUGUGGUCGGUGUCGGAAGCCAGGAGUCCAGGGAAGGGACGGCUGCCGCUGCAGCCCAGACUUCGGAGGCAGCUGCUCACCAGACUUCGUAGGGGAACAACGGAGACGACGACCACAGUGACUUGGUUUGAUUCUAGUGUUAAGUUGGAAAUCAAAUUGUUGGGCAACAGUAAGACUCGUAGGAAGGAUGUUAAAUGUUUUAGCUUUGAGAUGGUUGUGGAUUCAGAUAGAACAAAUUUUAAUGAUUCUGUAGAAUCAGUGGUAGAGAAAUAUCCUCCACGCUAUAUGGAAGUACCUCAUAUUCAGUACUAUGAUGAAGCUCUAAAAUCCUUCCCUGAAAUAAAAUCCGACCAAGAUUUGAUGUGCAUGUUUAGUAAGCACCGCAACAGCAAGGUUAUCAUCAUGUUCAUUGUAUAUCAAGGCCCUUCUGAUCCAUAUGCGCCAGUCACAAAGUGGGAUUUUAAUGUUGAUAGCCAACCCAAAAACAACAUAGAGCUUGAUGAGGAUGAUUACCUUAGAAACCCUGCACCACAGAAUGAACAUGUAGGUGUAGAUGAAGAGGCAAUGGGACCACCAAAGAAGAUGGCUAAAUCUGCUCUAAGUUCUAUUGUUCCUUUGGAGGACGAUGCACCGGCUGCAUCCAUAUCUUUUCCACCAAGCCAAAGCUUGGAGAUUUCAAGACUAUGGGAAAACUAA